AUGAGAUUCACCCCCUGGGCAGCAGGGGGCUAUGAAAACCUCGGGAGGAAUACAUCGAAUGCGCCUGUAGCGGUGUCAUGGCUUGCUCUACCUGCCACGUCUACUUGGUAUGGAUCCCCAGCGGAACGAUGUGGAGAUCGCAGCCCCAACUUCUGGGCUUUGGCUCUUACACGGGUGGUUUUCCAGGGUUCCGAGCUGGUGCUUGAAAGCGAUGCUACCAAUCGAGCCGCGCUUGAAACCCUUAGUGGUUACGUGCCCUACUUUCUCAGUGAUGAGCCAAACGAGCCGAUUGAUUGUGGUCCAUCUCCAGUAACUCCUCCAUCGAAUUGUUCCAACCGGGGGGGUGCCACUCCAGAAACAGAUGUGGGCGAAGCUUCCCCGCGGCCACCUGUGUGGCCAGAUACAGAUGAGGAAGGAGAUGGGCCCUGCCCUCGUUCAGAUCAAGCCUCGUCUGAAAGUGGUGAGUCGGAGGGCAAGAACCGUCUCAACAGUCAAGCCACCGUGUGGCCAAACGGUCAAGCCCUCUGGGGCGAGACGACCGAUACCUACGAUUCCGGCUAUGUGUCCUUCGGAGCUUGGCAAGAGGCAACCUAUUGGGAGAUGCAGUGGCCUGAGCGGCAAACGCCGAUUGGUGAGAAGGUCAUUGAGGGCUUCGGACGAGCGCUGAGAAAGGCGAUCACAGAGGCAGCAGGCACUGCGAGCACCGCGGGCACCGCAACGGGAUUCCCGACGUGCUUUCAUGGUGAGACUUUGGACAUCGAGGAGUACAUUUGGCACCUCUACAGAAAUGCAGGUUGCAGAUCUGUUUGCUUCGUCUAUGCCUUCGUGUACAUCUGUCGCAUGUCCGAGCUGAAUGCUGGAAAGGUGGAGUUGAGCCCCAGGACUUGUCACCGAUUGCUCUUGGCCGCGAUCACCAUCGCAGCGAAGAUGCAGCAGCCCAACAACUUUGAUGCGAGUGUCUAUGCGGCAGCAGGGAAUGUGACAGUUCAGGAGCUGGAGACCUUGGAAGCGAAGCUCACGGAGUUGUUGCAGUGGAACCUUGAUGUUUGUGCCAAGAGUUUCAAGCGCAUCUUCCGAUUGCUGAGCCAAGCCGCUUGCUGA